UUUUAUUUUUAUAUCAUUGUGAUUGGCUAAGAUAUAUGUUUCGUUAGCCAGUAGUCAGCUCGUUUCUAAUGGCUGUUUCUUUUGUCCUUUUAAAUUAUCUGUAACAAAUCUUCUAUGUCCUGGUGGCAGGCACUAUAUAAAUGUAAGCUGAGAGAGAGAUGAAACCAAAGAAGAAGAACAGACACUGCAAUCAUGAAGAUCGUUACAGUGUGUAUAGUUUUUCUGGUAUCGGUAAAUGCACGACAGGAAAGUAAAGGGUUGGAUUUGGAAAGGCUGCAAGGUGCAAUAAAAAACAGCCAAAUUUUUACUGGAGGAUUAGAGAAUACUAAAAAGAUAGAAGGAGAAAAAACAGCAUUUAAAUUACCAAGCGAAGAAACAAUAAAAAUAUUAACAGAAGAAGCGAUUACCAAAUUCAACAAAACUGAGCAGGAAAAUAAACGGUUCUUUGAAAACAAAAUUGAUAAACCAAAUCUUGAGACGCCAAUGUUUGGACCUCACAUGCUAACAGAUAAAAGAUCUUUAGAAAUAAACAAACCUGGGCAGAUAAUUGCAGAGACCACAGAAGCUAUAGUACAAACAGUAAGAGGAAAACAAGAACGCAAAUCUCUAAGUUCCCAAGAUCGAAAAGAAAUAUUCGAUAUAAUUCAGGGACUUAAGGGACUUCGAAAAAUCCCUCAAUGUCCAUAUUUAGCUGCAAUCGACUGUUCCUCAGCUGUUAAUUUUAGAACAAAUGACGGAUCUUGUAAUAAUUUGGCGAAUCCUUAUUGGGGAAAAUCUAGCACACCGUUUGAGAGAUAUCUUACUCCUGAGUAUGAAGUUCAAGGUACAAACUUACCAAGAAUAACCGGUGUAAGCGGUUCCGCUUUACCGGGAGCAAGAGAAAUCAGUACAACCGUACACACUGCCAGUGUUGCUCCUGAUCACCUUACCCCUCCAUUAAGUUAUUUUAUGAUGCAGUUUGGGCAGUUUCUUGAUCAUGACAUUACAAAGACAGCAAUCUCAAAAGGUUAUGCAGACAGUAACAUACAAUGUUGUGAAAACCCUUUCCGAAGUGACUGUUUUCCUAUAAAUGUACCUUUAGCCGAUCCAUUUUACAUGGGGAAUAUAGACUGUCUUAAUUUUGUUAGAUCAACUGCAACACCAAAUUUGGAUUGUUCAUUUGAUUAUCGUCAGCAAUUAAACGAAUUGACCCAUUACAUUGAUGGGUCCAAUGUAUACGGAUCAAAUGAUGAUGAAUUAGCCCAACUGAGAGACGGACUGACAGGACUGAUGAAAACUUCAACUGGAAAUAAACUGCCAUUAGAUACUUCAAAUAAUUCCGGUUGUGUUUCAUCUCAGCCGUGUUUUCUUGCAGGAGAUAAGAGAGCAAACGUAGUACCAGGACUUAGUUCUUUGCACACCAUCUGGGUCCGAGAACAUAAUAUAAUCGCCAAAUAUUUGAAGAUUAACAACCAGCAGUGGAGCGAUGAGGAGGUUUUCAAAAAUGCCAGAAAAUUUGUUUCAGCAGAAAUUCAGCAUAUUGUCUACAAAGAAUUCUUACCUAAGAUUUUACAUCCAUUCUUCAUGUUUAUAUUUGGUUUGAAUCCGUUGUCCGCUGGCUAUUUCACUGGCUACAAUCAAAAUGUGAAAGGUAUUAUCAGAAGCGAAUUUUCUACCGCGGCAUACAGAUUUGGACAUAGUUUGUUGAGAGACCAUUCUUUCUUUGACAGUACUCCACACACAUUACACAACCAAUUCAACAACCCUGAUCUGGUGCACCAGCCUAACGGUAUUGAAGGUUGCACAAGGGGACUUUACAGUCACACAUCUCAAGGAAUAGAUGAACUUUUGACUCCAGAAAUAACCAACAAAUUAUUCCAGACAGCUCCCUUUAAUGGAGGUGAUUUGGCCGCUUUUAAUAUACAAAGAGGUCGCGAUCAUGGAAUUCCCCCAUAUAGUAAAAUAGUGGAAGCCUGUUUUGGGUCAGGAUAUGUUCCAACUAACUUCAAUCCGGGUGUUGUCGGAGGGCUUUUAUUCCACAGCGCAACUGCAGCAUCGAAACUAAGUUCGGCUUAUAGUGACCCCGCAGACAUGGAUUUAUUUACUGCUGGUACUGCAGAAAGCAAUCUGCCUGGUAUGAGACUUGGUCCAACAUUCUCCUGUAUCAUUGCAGCACAGUUCAAAGCUUUGAAGGAUGGAGACCGCUUCUUUUACGAGUCAAACGUGGCUAAUCCGUUUACUGUUUCUGAAUUGAACAGCAUCCGACAAACUACUAUGGCCAGAAUUAUUUGUGAGAACACAGAAAUCACAAGUUUACAGAAAGAUGUUUUCUACCGUGAGCAUCCAAUUACUAACAAGAUAGUAAACUGUGAUACUCUACCUUCCUUGAAACUGCCAUGUACACCUGUCGAUGGUGGCUGGACCAGAUGGGUCAGGAUUAGCAAAUGUUUUGCAAAAAGAUAUUGUACAAAACCAUUACCAAAUGACUGUGGCAAACCUUGUGUCGGUACCAGCACAAAAUUUCUCUGCAUCCUUAAUCCUGCUACUCGUGAGCCUGUAAAAGCAAACAGCAAAUCUAAGAUGUUUUGAGACAUAAACAUAACUUCGUUUCCACCUUACAAUACUUAUCUGAUGUUUUCAAUGUGUAUCUCCAUUAAAGGAUAAUCUUAAUGAGGUUAACUCAAGUAGUUACUUUUU